AUGCGUCUCUUUCUACUCGCAUUUUUCAUCUCUUGCUCUUGUGCGAGGGGUGGUUGUGAGCCGAAGAUUGUAAAUAUCGGGGCAGUUCUGAGCCAAAAGAGAUAUGAACAAGUGUUCAAGGACGCGGUCACUCAGGCAAACACCAUAUAUGGGAAAGAGAAGUUCAAGAUGAACGCGAUCUCAGUAACCCACAAGCCCAACGCAAUUCAGAUGGCACUAUCCGUUUGUGAAGAUCUCAUCUCAAAUCAGGUCUAUGCCAUCCUGGUGAGCCAUCCGCCCCAGUCAAAUGACCACCUGACCCCUACGCCCGUGUCCUACACCGCCGGCUUCUACCGGAUCCCUGUGGUGGGGCUCACCACCCGCAUGUCUAUUUAUUCAGACAAGAGUAUCCAUCUCUCAUUCCUGCGAACGGUGCCUCCAUACUCCCACCAAGCCCAGGUGUGGUUCGACAUGAUGCGUGAAUUCAGCUGGAAUCAUAUUAUCCUCAUCGUUAGCGACGACCACGAGGGCAGGGCGGCACAGAAGAGGCUCGAGACGCUUCUUGAAGAGCGGGAAACCAAGAGUAAAAACAGGAACUAUGAAAACCUCGACCAACUGUCCUAUGACAACAAGCGAGGACCCAAGGCAGAGAAGGUACUGCUGUUCAGUCAAGACUCAAACCUGACGGCACUGCUCCAGGAGGCCAAGGAACUGGAGGCGCGCGUCAUCAUCCUCUCUGCCAGCGAAGAUGAGGCCGCGGCUAUUUACAAAGCCGCGAGGCAGCUCAACAUGACUGGCUCCGGCUACGUUUGGCUGGUUGGGGAGAGGGAGAUGACUGGUAAAGCUCUGAGUGAAGCUCCAGAUGGCUUGCUGGGCCUUCAACUAAUCAAUGGCAAGAAUGAGACGGCUCACAUCUACGACGCAGUGGCAGUCGUGGCGCAGUCGAUCCAAGAACUCUUCGAGAAGGAGAACAUCACGGAGCCGCCGCGAGGUUGCGUCGGCAACACGAACAUCUGGAAGACCGGUCCGCUUUUUAAACGCGUGCUGAUGUCAUCCAAGUAUCCAGAUGGCCUGACAGGCCGCGUGGAGUUUAACGAUGAUGGAGACAGGAGGUUCGCCCACUACAGUAUCCUCAACUAUCAGAAGACCCGUCUGGUUCAAGUGGGCGUCUACAACGGCUCGCAAGUUGUGAUGAACACUCAGAGGAAGAUCAUCUGGCCUGGAGGAGAGACAGAGAAACCAAGAGGUUAUCAGAUGUCUACCAGACUCAAGAUUGUCACCAUUCAUCAAGAGCCCUUUGUGUAUGUGAAACCAACUUUACGAGAUGGAACCUGCAAAGAAGAGUACACGGUGAAUGGAGUCUUGAUCAAAAAAGUGAUCUGCACAGGCCCAAAUGAAACCAUUCCAGGACGUCCCAUAGUGCCCCAGUGUUGCUAUGGAUUCUGCAUCGACCUCUUAAUCAAGCUGGCUAUGACAAUGAACUUCACCUACGAGGUGCACCUAGUCGCUGAUGGGAAAUUUGGCACUCAAGAGCGCGUGAAUAAUAGCAACAAGAAGGAAUGGAACGGCAUGAUGGGGGAGCUCCUGGGUGGUUUGGCUGACAUGAUCGUGGCUCCACUCACCAUCAACAAUGAACGAGCCCAGUACAUAGAGUUCUCCAAACCGUUCAAGUACCAAGGCCUCACUAUACUCGUCAAAAAGGAAAUACCACGCAGUACGCUGGACUCGUUCAUGCAGCCAUUUCAGAGCACCCUGUGGCUUCUGGUGGGUCUAUCGGUCCAUGUUGUGGCGGUGAUGCUCUACCUAUUAGACCGGUUCAGCCCAUUUGGAAGGUUCAAAGUGAAUAGUGAAGAAGAAGAAGAGGAUGCCCUCACCCUAUCCUCCGCCAUGUGGUUCUCCUGGGGAGUACUACUGAACUCUGGAAUUGGCGAAGGAGCCCCAAGGAGUUUUUCGGCGAGGAUAUUAGGUAUGGUGUGGGCAGGUUUUGCUAUGAUCAUAGUCGCAUCUUACACUGCCAAUUUGGCAGCCUUCCUCGUGCUGGAUCGGCCUGAGGAGCGCAUCACCGGUAUCAACGACCCUAGGCUGCGAAACCCAUCAGAUAAGUUUAUCUACGCCACGGUGAAGCAGAGUUCUGUGGAUAUCUACUUCCGGCGCCAAGUUGAGCUAAGCACCAUGUACCGCCACAUGGAAAAACACAACUACGAGAGCGCCGCUGAGGCCAUCCAGGCCGUUCGCGACAACAAACUCCACGCUUUCAUCUGGGACUCGGCCGUGUUGGAGUUUGAGGCCUCGCAGAAGUGCGACCUGGUGACGACGGGCGAGCUUUUCUUCCGCUCGGGUUUUGGCAUCGGCAUGCGUAAGGACAGCCCCUGGAAACAGAACGUGUCUUUGGCCAUUCUCAGCUCCCAUGAGAAUGGCUUUAUGGAAGACUUGGACAAGACCUGGGUGCGUUACCAGGAGUGUGACUCCAGAAGCAACGCCCCAGCUACUCUGACCUUUGAGAAUAUGGCAGGAGUGUUUAUGUUGGUAGCAGGCGGCAUCGUCGCAGGAAUCUUCCUCAUCUUCAUCGAGAUCGCGUACAAACGACACAAGGACGCUCGCAGGAAGCAGAUGCAGCUGGCUUUUGCCGCCGUCAACGUCUGGAGGAAGAACCUGCAGGAUAGGAAAAGUGGUAGAGCAGAACCCGACCCAAAAAAGAAAGCCUCUUUUAGGUCCAUCAGUACCUCCCUGGCCUCCAACAUCAAGAGACGUAGGUCGUCCAAAGACACGCCGUAUCCUACAGACAUAACAGGCCAGCUGAAUCUGUCAGACCCCUCCGUAAGCACGGUGGUGUGA